AUGAUAUCUCUAUCGGAAACGUCAGAAACUGAUGCGGUUAAGGCUCUGCGAUUCAAAGCCAUCCACCGUGAUAUGGAAGGAAUCGACGCUAUCGCCCGGAGAACGGUCGAAUUUCUCCCGGUUUAUAUGCUUGAAAAGUUUGGUGCAACUCAUUUGAAGGAAUUCGCGAUCGGGUAA